AUGUGGACCAAGCUUGCUGCCACAUAUGUUAAUCCCAGCUGGGGGCACAUACAGCAACUUCGUCUUCAACUCAAGCAAUAUCCAAACGGUGACAAAUCUGUCGAUGAUUAUACGCAAGGCCUUACGACCCGCUUUGAUCAACUCGCUCUCCUAGGCAAACCACUCGAACAUGAAGAACAAGUUGAGUUCAUCCUUGCUGGCUUACCGGAAGACUAUAAGUCCGUCGUAUAUCAGAUUGAAGGACGUGAAAAUCCUCCUUCCAUCACUGAAGUCCAUGAGAAGCUCCUCACUAGAGAAACGAAACUGUUGAUUGCUGCCUCAUCUGCCUCCACUCUUGUUCCAGCCUCUGCUAAUGUCGCCUCACGACAACAUCAGACACGCAACUACAAUGGGAAACAUACUCAACGACAGAAUCACUCAUGGAACAACAACAACAACCAUCAGCAGUACCUGUCUCCCAGACCAGACAACCGAUCUUCUCGUGGCUAUCAAGGCAAGUGUCAGUUAUAUGGUCCUCAUGCGAAUUUAGCAACAGCCUCUUCUAUUCCAUGGGUGAUGGACAGUGGUUCCACUCAUCACCUCACCAGUGAUCUCUCCAAUCUCUCCCUCCACCAGCCCUACAAUGGUGGUGAUAAUGUUCUCAUAGGCGAUGGGACUGGUCUUCCCAUCACUGACACUGGUUCUGGCUUUCUAUCCUCUACCUCUCGUCCUCUCUAUCUCAACAAUGUCUUGUGUGUUCCAAAUAUAAAGAAAAAUAUCAUCUCUGUAUAUCGCCUUUGCAACGCUAACAAGUUGUUCCCAUUUAAACUCAAAUCCGACGUUCGUGCAACUUUCCAAGCCUUCAAAGCCCUCGUUGAGAACCGCUUCUCAACUAAGAUCAGCACUCUCUACUCCGACAAUGGCGGCGAAUUCAUUGCCCUUCGGUCGUUCCUCUCCUCCGCUGGUAUCUCUCAUCUAACAUCUCCACCACACACGGCAGAGCAUAACGGCAUCUCAGAGAGGAAGCACAGACAUGUGGUGGAAACUGGUUUAACACUACUCACUCAUGCUGUUAUGCCUAAGACCUACUGA